CUCUUACAAUCACUUCAAAAUGGGUAAAGGUAAACCAAGAGGUCUUCAGGCCGCUCGCAAGCUCCGCACCACUCGCCGUGAGAAUCGCUGGGCUGAUAAGCAUUACAAGCGUCAGGCCCUCGGAACGGCCUUCCGUUUCUCCCCUUUCGGAGGUUCCUCCCAUGCCAAGGGCAUCGUUCUUGAGAAGAUCGGUGUUGAGGCCAAGCAGCCCAACUCUGCUAUUCGUAAGUGCGUCCGUGUCCAGCUCAUCAAAAACGGCAAGAAGAUCACUGCCUUCGUCCCCAACGAUGGUUGCUUGAACUUUGUCGAUGAGAACGACGAAGUCCUCAUUGCUGGUUUCGGUCGUUCCGGCCACGCCGUUGGAGAUUUGCCCGGUGUCCGUUUCAAGGUCGUUAAGGUCUCUGGUGUCUCUCUCUUGGCUUUGUGGAAGGAGAAGAAGGAGAAGCCCCGUUCCUAAAUAUUGGAGCUGGUUUUUCUGUUCUGAACUUUCCAUUAACAUUUCCAUGGCUGAAAUAAAUAAUAAGAAAAAAGAUUCACGAAUAACUGUCAUAAU